AUGAACGAUGUGGACGUCGGGAAGCAGAUCCAGCAGAUGGUCCGGUUCAUCCAGCAGGAGGCCCAGGAGAAAGCCAGCGAGAUCUCCGUCGCCGCAGAGGAGGAUUUCAACAUAGAGAAGCUGCAGCUGGUGGAGUCGGAGAAGCGGAAGAUCAGGCAGGAGUACGAGCGCAAGCAGAAGCAGGUGGACAUCCGCAGGAAGAUCGAGUACUCGAUGGAGCUGAACGCGGCGCGCAUCAAGGUGCUGCAGGCGCAGGAGGACAUCGUGGGCGAGAUGAAGGAGAACGCGUCCAAGACGCUCGUCCGCGUCACCAAGGACACCAACGUCUACCGGAAGAUCCUCAAGAGCCUCAUCGUGCAGAGCCUGCUCCGGCUGCGGGAGUCGUCGGUGGUGCUGCGGUGCAGGGAGGCGGACCGCGUCCACGUGGAGCCAGUGCUGGAGGCGGCCAAGAAGGAGUACGCCGAGAAGCUCAAGGUGAACCUCCCCAAGAUCAUCAUCGACGGCAAGGUCCACCUCCCGCCGCAGAGGCUCAACGACGCCGCCCACGGACCCGCCUGCUCUGGCGGCGUGGUGCUGGCGUCGCAGGACGGCAAGAUCGUCUGCGACAACACGCUGGACACCAGGGUGGAUGUUUGCUUCAGGCAAAAGCUUCCUGAGGUACGUGAUACUACAUACGUGCUGCGCAGUUGUUUCCUUAAUCCUCAUCGUCAUUCAGCGUUUGAAAUGUUUCUCGUCUUGGUCUUGUGUCGCAGAUCAGGAAGAAACUCUACGCUCAGCAGGUGUCACAAUAAUAAGUCUCUUAAUUUAGUGUGCGCUGCCAUUGUGUGAUUUUUCUUCUUCUUGAAUAAAGCACCACAACCGGCCGGUUCGUGAUGUGUUUGUUGUACUCUAAUGUUCCUCUAUCUAUAUAUCGUCGGCUCAUCGCCAACAAUAUAUACCUACCUGCAAAUGAUAUAUUGCUGCAUCUGUAAGUUGUAACUGAGUAUUUUUCUUUUUUUGGGGGUGUAACUGAGUGUAUUACCUCGGUGUCACCUAGUAUUGUACUGUACAUAGUAGCACCAGCAAAGACCAUGAAAGGUUUUCGUUCGGAAAAAAGAAACCAUGAGGCAGCAAAAGAAAGAAAAUAAAAAACAAAAUAAAAAAUUAGUAGCAUUGGUAUUACCCUUUCAAAAGAAAGAAAAAACAAAAUAAAUUUUUCUAAGGAAAAAUAAAUUAGGGGCAUUGGUACUACCCUUUCAAAAGAAAGAAAUGAUACAAAACUAAAACAAAAUGAGGAUAAUCAAGUUUUUAAGGAAGACUGGAUUAGUGGCAUUGAUAUUACCCUUAAAUAGGGAAGAAAUGGUAUAAAAACUAAAAUAAAUAAUAACAAAACUUGCACGCAAUUUACACAUAAAUUGCGCUUUGUUAUAAUAUGCAAGAAUAAACAUGUAAUCAUGGAUUUCUUUGCAAAAAUUGAAGUUUUCUGAAGGAAGAAUGAAUUAGUUACAAUGGUAUUUGAUCGAUGGUGUCUCUACUUGUCUGAAUCAAAAUAAUGAAUUAGUGGUAUCGGUAUUACCCUUUAAGAAGAAAUAAAAGUAAAAAAAUGACAAAAAUUGCACGCGAUUUGCAUAGAAAUUUCGCUUUUUUAUAAUAUGCAAGAAUAAGCACAAAUGUUGAAAUUUCACCCAAAAAAAAGAGUUUCCUAAGUAGGAAUGAAUUAGUGGUAUUGGUAUUGCCCUUAAAGAAGAAAGAAAAUGAAAUAUAGAUUUAAAUAAAAUAAAAUAAUGAAGUUUUCUAAGAAAGAAUGAAUUAGUGUCAUUGGUUCUCCUUUAAUAGGAAAGGAACUGAAAAAUAAUAAAACAAAUAAUAAAUGUUUUUGCAAACAAUUUACACAGAAGUUGCGCAUUUUUGUAACAUGCAGGAAUAAUAAUAUAUUGUAAUUGUCACAAAAAGGGAAGUUUCCAAAGAAAAAUAAAUUUGUGGCAUUGGUAUUAUCAUUAAAGAAUAAAAGAAAUAAAAUAAAACUAAAAAUAUCAAGAUACCAAAGUUUUCAAGAAAGAAUGAAUUAGUGGCAUAGGUAUUACUCUUUAAGAAAAAAGCUGAAUAAAAACUAAAAAAAGUCAAAGUAGUGUAGUUUUCUAUGGAAGAAUAAAUUACUGACAUUGGUAUUACCUUUUAAGAAGAAAGAAAAUAAAAUUGAAACUAAAAUAAAAUAAAAAUAAUGAGGUUUUCUAAGGAAGAAUAAAUUUGUAUCAUUAGUAUUAUCCUUUAAGAAGAAACAAAAGAAAACAACAAAAUAAAUAAUA